AUGCAUACGUCAAUUCUAGGUUCGGAAUUUCCGAGUAAGACAAAAAAGAAAGAAACACCAUUGUGGGAGGCUUUACCAAAAGUCCAUCACUGGCUAACUGUACUGCCUAGUUCUGAUGGUACUUAUGUAUUGUUCUCAGAAGCCAGUCGCGGACCAAGCCACGGGUCCAGCACCAUUGUCACCCAAAUUAAAGACGUAUCAGGUGGUCGAAACUACGUCUUUGCAGCACAUCAGCCACUUACUUCACCACUAUGGCUGGACCGCACCAUACUUAUCUGGAGUAUUAUCCAUGCUGAAAAUACUCAAAUAUGGUCUAUCGACGUGAAAUCCUCGUCGCCAAGGUUCGUAAACCAUAUUGCUUGA